CGAGAGGAGUUUAAUAUCCGAGCAUGGGGAAAAGUGGGCGGCGACGUUUGCUAUUUCGGAUGGAAGUGAGGGUGUAGACGUUGGAACUGUACAGUAGUUGCCAUGUGCCACGGCAUGCCGUUAUUGGCGUUUUUUUGUCCUUGUCUUGAGAGGAUAGCAAUAUGCGUUGCAUUGCAUUUGGCUUGUCCCGUUGGACACAUGUCCCGUGAGACUGGGAGGCGCGAAGUGCCUGUUGGAGCAAUGGGUAUUCACGCCUAUCUAUGCACAUUCACCCUAUAUGUGAAAUAUAUCUGCCUAUAUGUCAGUUCAGGCCAUUCCGCAUGCCACCUGCAUGCAGUCCAGUCCCUGAAUGUUGGGGGAAGGGCGACCCUUUUUUUGACCCGAGCCUCUGAACCGCGCCAACACUCAGGGAUUGACUGCACAUCAAUGUCGGAUAUGCAGCGAUGCUCCCGGUUGUCUAUAUAUUCUAAUGGCUUUCAAAGCUGCCUGCGGGCUAAUGUUUCCUUUCGGGUUCUGACGCAUUAUUUCCAUUGAAUAAACAAAUUGCAAGGCCUACCUACCUGCCUGCUGUGUAGUCAACCUUUGUAUGUAAAGCGCAUCGAAACAGCCUAUUCG